GAUGUUUUAGUGCAGACUGAAAAUAAUUAUACUGUGAUGAACUUUAUAAUAAAACCCUGACUGACCUGCAUGUGGUAGAACUGGACUCAAACUGGACUCAUAGUGGACUCAAACUGGACUCAUUCGAAGUGCAUUGCUAGUACUCAGCAGUGCAGGCCGGUUUCUGAGCGAUUUCUGAGGUUGAGAAGAAUGAGGAUCAAUGAGAACACGUUACUGGAAGGGAAGCAGGUCGUACUGGUGCCCUACAACCAUGAUCAUGUACCCAGGUAUCAUCAGUGGAUGAGUUCGGAGGAGCUGCAGAAGCUCACAGCGUCCGAACCUUUAACUCUGGAGCAGGAGUAUGACAUGCAGAGAAGCUGGAGAGAAGAUGAAGACAAGUGCACGUUUAUCAUCCUGGAUAAGCAGCGAUGGGCAGAUCCCAGUUUUUCAGAGGAAGAGUGCAUGGUGGGAGACGUCAACCUGUUCCUGACAGACCCCAGCGACCUGUCCCUGGCUGAACUGGAGAUCAUGAUUGCAGAGCCAGGCUACCGGGGGAAAGGUCUCGGGAAGGAGGCGAUACGCAUGAUGAUGUGUUACGGAAUCAACAAACUCAAAAUCAAGAAGUUUGAAGUGAAGAUCAGUCUGGAAAACCGGAUCAGCAUAGCCAUGUUCAAAAAGUUCCACUUCACAGAGCUCUCGGUGAGUGAGGUGUUCGGGGAGGUCACUCUCGGCCUGACCGUAAACCAGGAUUCGCUGGAAGAUCUGCUGCACGACACCGACAUGCAGGAGCGAGAAUUCAGACAAGAGCGGGACUGCAGACACGGAGCGAAUCCUGCCGCGAGCUUCCCCACAGGAGCCCAAGGAACCUGAGGAACCUUCUGUGUGUCAACCCGAGAACUAAUAGAGUAAAUCAAGAACUGGUCCAUACAGGAAUCUUAAUGGUAUGUGCUGCAUUCAUGUGCUGUCAGAUUGACUGUGAUUUUAAGUUCCCCACUCGCAUGAAUGACGGCGUGAUUCCAAGUGAAGGAUUCAACUAGUCGUAAUGUUUUUUAGCUUAUUAUUAUUAUUUCCUUUUAAUCAAAGACAUCAGAACUAUCAAAUUCUUAUAUUUAAAAUUUUAAAGCAGGCGCUCGGGUGAUGCAGUGGUGGUCCAAGGUUUGAAUCCCCACCGGUGUGUGUAUAUAUAUAUAUACACAGAUCAGCCAUAACAUUAAAACCACCUCCUUGUUUCUACACUCACUGUCCAUUUUAUCAGCUCCACU